GUUUUUUGAUACCUUUGCUGAUAAGUAAACAAAGACUCAACAAUAAAAUAAGCCCACUUGGCCGCUUUCUUUUAUUUGAUCCUAUGAUAUCCCUUUUCCACAAACCCAUCUUAGUAUUUGGCACCAAGAAGCAGCAGCUCAUCCAGCAAGUCCCUUCCAAGCACUUCAUUCAAAUGGCUCGAUCUUCACUGGAUGAGAUGUCAGAUUCUGGUGCUUUCAUGAGAACUGCAUCAACAUUCCGUAACAUUAUUUCACGAGAUCCAAGCUCCCUAUUUCCAGCAGAAGUUGGAAGGUAUCAUCUGUAUAUAUCAUAUGCUUGCCCUUGGGCUUCAAGGUGUCUUUCAUACUUGAAGAUUAAAGGACUUGACAAAGCCAUCAGUUUCACGUCAGUUAAACCCAAGUGGGAAAGAACAAAGGAAACUGAUGAGCAUAUGGGGUGGAUUUUUCCUGCUUCGAAUACAGAGGAACCAGGAGCUGAAAGUGACCCUUUGAAUGGAGCAAAAAGUAUUAGAGAACUUUAUGAGCUUGCCAGUACAAACUACUCUGGAAAGUACACAGUUCCUGUUCUAUGGGAUAAGAAACUCAAAACAAUUGUUAAUAAUGAGAGUUCAGAGAUUAUCCGCAUGUUCAACACUGAAUUCAAUGACAUAGCAGAGAAUACAGAUCUAGACCUCUAUCCUCCUCACUUGCAAGCCCAAAUUGAUGAGACUAAUGAAUGGAUAUACAAUGGGAUAAAUAACGGUGUCUAUAAAUGUGGGUUUGCAAAGAAGCAAGGACCUUAUGAAGAGGCUGUGAAACAGUUGUAUGAAGCAUUGGACAAAUGUGAGGAGAUACUUGGCAGGCAACAGUACAUAUGUGGGAACAUGCUGUCUGAAGCAGAUAUUCGGUUGUUUGUCACUCUCAUAAGAUUUGAUGAGGUUUAUGUUGUCCACUUCAAGUGUAACAAGAAACAGUUACGUGAGUACCCGAAUCUGUUUAAUUACACCAAAGACAUUUUUCAGAUCCCUGGCAUGAGCAGUUCAGUCAACAUGGAGCACAUCAAGCGACAUUACUAUGGAAGCCAUCCUUCUAUCAAUCCAUUUGGGAUCAUUCCGCUUGGCCCAGAUAUUGACUACUCAUCUCCUCAUGACAGAGAGCGGUUUUCUACAUAGAUUGUAUAUAAUUUCAGAUCAUAAAAUAAAUUUUUAGAAUCUUGAAUUCAUAUGAUUUUGCUGUUAUGUAUGGUCUAGCCAUUUCAGUAAAUGCCAUGGUCUGUAGAGUAGUAGUUAUUCAGCAUAAUGGAUGGUGUUGGCCACCAGCAAACUUUAGUGACUAAGUUUGAUCUGGCUGGAAAGGUUGUACCUGCUAUUGACAUGUACUUUCUUGCUAUCUUACAAAGAUUCUGGUAAAAAAUCACUUUGUACAACAUCUGGGAAAGUAUAGAAUGCAACCUUUCUUCA